AGUAGCGGUGCGCGGUUCGGUCGCAAUAAAACCGACAUCGACUUCGUACGAAACAACAAACGAACAAAAUGCUGUGGUAUCAAGAGGAUGACGACGAGGAGGACCUCAUGUUUUCCCCCGCCCUCAUGGCUCGCAGAGCCUCGGAAAGCUGGAUUGAGACGCCACCUAUCGAGAACCUGGUGAGCCAAACGUCGUUGCAGAGGAAAAAAUCGUUGCCCGACGUGCAAGAGCUGCCGCGUGUUAUCGGCGCGAUGCCCAGAGAGGAAGUAUCGGCCUUGGGUUCGGCGCGCCGCGAAGAAGUCAGAAGACAACUCAACGAGCAAGAAAGACUCCGUGCCAAUCCACUUCUCUAUUUGGUCAGUCCGCAAGUAAAGAUUAAACUUGACUUCUUUGUGCACUACUACUACUACUCCAAACUUCAAUCCCUAUCCCAGCAUCUUCAGUCGCCCUCAACUCAACGUGAUGGUUUAAAGAAUCGACGACUGGUUUUCGCGGCAACAGCUUGUAAUUCUAGUGCUGUUCUUCAACAUUUCCUUGGCCAUCGUCUUCUUCAAACUUUUGACAUAGUACACGGCAGCGGCGUCCCUGCGGACGUGUCAAAGGUCAAAGGAUUCACAUAUUUGGUCAACUACGCGUUGUACUAAGUAAACAAAAAAAUGCUUGGACAUAUUUUACAACACAAACUUAUUGGUCGGUUUAGACUGGUUGGUCGGUCGUUAAAAUAAAGUCAAAGUAUACAAGUGUCGACUAUAUUAUUUAUGUAUAAUCGCCUGAUCUUGUCGUAAUUAAAAAACGCUGUGUUUUGGGAACAUUUUUUGCUGUUGGAGUUUUUUCAGAUUUUAUCUGUUUUGUUUGUUCUAUCUUGUUUUGUUGCUAAAUUAUUCUGUUUUAUAUGUGUGGUGCUAGAUUUGGUCGUUUAGUGAUACUUUUUUAUAAUUCUCUAUGUCUAUAAGCUGUUAUCUACUUAUAAAAUAGUUGAAUAUAUAAAUGCAACUAAACUAAAAUAAUUCCAGUAUUAAUCUAGCUCAUCUAAAUCUAUUUAUUUUUACUAUUAAUUACCAACAUAUCUAUACAUAAUAUAUUAUCUUGUUAUUAUAUACCUAAUUAUAAAAUAAUUUUUGUAAAUAUCUAGCUAAAUUAAUUUAAUUUGAUAUAAAAUAAUUCAAAAAAAAAAAAUUUACAAUUUGUAUAUUAGACUGUUAUAGGCUUACCUACAUUAUAAAAUUAUUUUUAAACUGUUUAUAGAUGUUUAAAAGUUGUUGAUUUUUUCAAAUAAUUUAUGUAUUGCUCUUAUAAAGAAGUAUCACGUUUUUAAAUUAGGUCAGCCCAAGUUUUAUUAAGCGCAAAACAAGGUUUAACAAACACAAAUAACUUAUUGUAUAUGAAUUAUUAAAUUGUUGUAAGUGUUAGAAAAAACUGAAUUUAGUUUUAUGAUUUCAGACUUAAUAGAUUUUUAAUUAAAAUAGCCCAUAUUUCUGCAAAUCAAAAACAUACUUGGUAAAACUAGAAAUGCAGAAGUUUGAACUAAGCUUUUAAGGUCUUGUUUCAUUUUUAAAAUUGUGUUAAGGUGCUAAAACGUUACUCUUUGUAUAAAUUUUACAAAGUUCAUUUUAAAAACGUUUUCAGUCGAGUAGGUAUUUAUUUUAGAUUAAAAGUGGGUAAAUUAAAAAAUGUAAUUAUGCAAUGUGUGUAACAAGGAUUAUGAAACAUAUGGCAGAAAUGUUUAAUAAAUAAUAUUUUUAAAAAUCAAACAGGACUGGCCAGUACCAUUUUUGUACUUCUCUUGCAGUCAGGAGACUUAAAAUUAUAGAUACGAAUAAGGAGAAGUUGAUAAGUACUUUUUAAUUUAAUAUUUCACUGACAUUCGCGAAAUUUAUGGAGUUCCCAAUUUUACGAAUUAGUUAAGAUUUAGAACUGAAAAUUGACAAUAUUUUAUAACAUUUUACAAUCUGUAGACAAAUCUUUUAAAACCUUUUUAUAACUUAAUUAAUAGUAAUGCAGAAAUUAAGUUUUGGGGAUCCCUUAAAUUGUUUCGAAUUUCAGUGCAGAUUCAAAAAAUUUAAAUGUUUAGCUCUUUAAAUAUAAAUUUGUAAAAGUUUUCUAAACUAUUUUUGCGUGCCUUGUUCAACUUAUAAGUGAUUCGUAACUAGUGUUGGUAUCGUAUACAAACAUUUGUAUGAGGGAAAUUUCUAGAUUUAUAUGGAAUCUAAUGUGUAAAAACAAUGUGUCUAUCACUUUAUAUUUUCAAUUUAAUAAACAAAAAGGGCUGACUACAUUCUUCCCUUAGUCAUAUUGACUUUUAA